AUGGGUUCAUCACAACAGCACAGCUUUAGAACUAGUUAUGAUGCAACACCACAACAACAACAACAGUCAAAUCAGCAAUAUCAACAACAGUAUACAGAGGCAAAACCCAUUUAUGAAGAACAACAAGAAAACGAUUAUGCUGGCAGAGGAGCUGGUGGUGGAGCUGGGGUACAUUCUAGUGCAAGUGUUGCUAAUGCAGCAGCUUUACACUCGGCUAUAUAUAAUUUACAAACUGCUGGAACGCAUAAUGCAGCUGUGGGUUCAAGUAGUAGUAGUAGUAGUGCAAGUAAUGGCGGAAGUGAUGGUUUCCUGCCAUCAUGGAACUUUGGUAAACUUUCAACAUCAUUUAUUGCUUCACAGUCAGCAUCAACACCUUAUGCCAGUAGCAGUGGCAGCCAUAGUGCCUCCACUACUACCAAUAAUAACGAUAAAAUCUCUGAAGGCAAUUUUCUGCAUCAUUACGAUUCAGCUUCCGCCUUUAAUGAAUACACACCCCAACAUGAAUAUCAACCAUCAUACCAGCAGCAACAGCUGCAACAGCAACAACUACCACAACAUGAAAACUUUUACAACAGUGUGGAACAUACGCAAGCCGAUACCUCCUCAUCAUAUGGCGAUGAGCAUGAACAUGAUAGCACCAACUAUCCACCCUCUGCCUCAGCUGGCCACUUUUCCAACUAUCAACAGCAUGACUAUGAACAACAGCAGCAGCAGGAGAAACAACCCGAUGUCAUCAACUAUGUUCCAUAUCCUGUAGUCAAGAAACAGCAUGUACCAGUUCGUGAACCUGUACAAAUACCCAUCUCACAUGCAGUCAUUAUACCCGUUAGUAAGCCAGUUCCUAUUCAUAUACCAGUUACACAAAAUGUUCAAGUACCAGUGGAAAAGGAAUUGAAAAUACCUGUUGAACGUGUUGUUCCUUACCCGGUGGAGAAGCAUGUACCCGUACCAGUGGAGAAACGUGUACCAUAUCCGGUGGUGAAGUAUGUCCCCAUUAAGAUUCCACGUCCCUUUCCCGUAAAGGUACCGGUUUUUAAGACUGUCUUACAUAAAGUUAAAGGUUGGUGGUAAAUUAUGUGAGAGGAAAAGAGGUCAACUU